AUGUACAGGCAGAUCAAAAUUCACAAGGAUGACUGGGAGUUGCAACGGAUACUCUGGAUGGACGAUCAACUCAAUGAAGUGCCAUAUCAUCUGACAACAGUCACCUACGGGACAAAGGCCGCGCCGUUCUUGGCCGUACGGACGCUACUACAACUAGCAGAGGACGAAGGACAUAAGUAUCCACUGGCUGUGCCAUCCAUCACUCAUGGCAGGUAUGUCGAUGACAUAUUUGGUGGUGCAGAUACAAUUCAACAAUUGCAGGAGGUCGCACGUCAACUAAAGGGCCUCUGCAUGGCGGGCGGCUUCCCACUAGCAAAAUGGCAUGCAACUCAUCUCGACAUACUCAAGACUGUCACCGACAGCGAAGACCAAGGCUUACCAAUCACAUUCGACGAUUGCGCAACCAAGAUACUCGGACUCAAAUGGCUCCCUCAAGAAGACACAUUUGCAUUCUCAACGAGAAGCUCACGCAAGGAAGGCAGGCUCACAAAACGCCUCGUAUUAUCUGAAGUGGCUCAGAUAUUCGAUCCACUUGGCUUUGCAUCACCCGUCGUGAUCAAGGCCAAAAUUCUCUUGCAGGAGCUGUGGCUGCACAAGCUCCAAUGGGAUGAUCCACUGCCAUCCCAGCUCUCAACCCGGUGGCUCUCCAUCAGAGAAGAACUCACAAGUCUGGCCAGACUCUCAAUACCUCGGUGGCUCAAAACAUGGAGCGACUCGCAAGUGGAACUUCAUGGAUUCUCUGAUGCUUCUCAAUUGGCAAUGGCUGCAGUCAUAUACAUAUCCGUUCACGACUCAAACGGCGCCACGUUCUCACUUGUAUGCUCCAAAACUAAGGUAGCACCUCUCAAGCGGCUCUCAAUCCCGCGACUUGAACUCACGGCUGCUCUUCUGCUCUCUCGGCUCAUGCAAUACGUCACAGCCACUUUGAACAUGGACGUUACGGCAACGCAUAUGUGGACGGACUCUCUAGUGACACUCUCGUGGAUCAGAUCUCAUGCAUCACGCUGGAAGGAUUUCGUCAGGAACAGGGUGGCUCAAAUUCAAGAACUCACUCCAGCUGCUCACUGGAGAUACAUACCUGGAACUUCUAAUCCGGCUGACUGCGCAUCACGAGGCCUCACGACUGCUCAGCUUCAAAACCACGCACUUUGGUGGACGGGACCACCAUGGAUACACAAAUCAGACUCAUGGCCGUCGCAACCUGCACUCUCUGACGAGAUGAGUGCAAUAGAAGCUCGCCCAGGCGUUUCGCUAUUGACGGUUACGCCGAGGACUGAAUAUCAAUGGGAACUCAUCUACAGGUACUCAAGCCUCACUAAACUAUUGAGGAUUACAGCUCUCUGUUUCAGAUUCGUCUCACGGUUGAGGAAAGUCCACGACUCAUUUCCUGUCAGACGCAUCUCUCCAGAGACCUUGGAGACAGCGAGGCUCUUCUGGAUUCAGGCAACUCAAGCAACGUACUUCUCGCACGAGCUCAAGGCAUUACAGGCAGACUCACCAUUGGCAAAGGCGCACGCAUUCAACAGAUUGACUGCGUACAUCGACGCUCAAGGAGUCAUUCGCGUCGGCGGACGACUCGCUCACGCAGCUCUCUCAUUCGACGCGAUACAUUCUGUGAUAUUGCCUCGUCACUCUCAGCUGUCGUCAUUGGUCAUCGCUCACGCUCAUCAACGGACUCUACAUGGAGGCACGCAGCUCACGCUGUCACACAUCCGACAACGAUACUGGAUUCUCGGCGGGAGGGCUCCUGUCAAGUCUCACAUCCUGCGGUGUGUUACGUGUGCUCGGCAGAGGGGGAUCCGUGCUCAUCAAUUGAUGGGCCAACUACCUCUCUCUCGAGUUACGCAGGCACGACCGUUCACUCAUACAGGUGUGGACUACGCAGGGCCGCUCACCGUAAAAACAUGGAAAGGAAGAGGUGCCAAAACGAGUAAAGGCUGGAUUUGCGUUUUUGUCUGCUUCUCAACCUCAGCAGUACACCUCGAGGCGGUCAGUGACUACUCAACGGAGGGAUUCAUUGCCGCCUAUCGACGCUUCUCAUCCAGACGCGGCAUUGCUCACACCUUACACUCCGACUGCGGCACCAUUUUCAUCGGCGCGGAUGCAGCUCUCAAAAGGCUGUUUAUCCAGAGCACUCAAGAACAUCAUCGA